AUAUAUAUAAUUUGUCCUCGGUGAUUCCCUCCCAUGGGAGCCUAAAUGAAAUGAUGAAUUAUGUCUCAAAGAAUUUAAACCCCAUAAAUAUAAUAAGUCGAGCAAUAUCUUUCGUCCCGCGAAGAAACAACCCUUCUGACUCCCUCCGUUCGUCGACCGCCAUUGCUUCUCUUCUUCAGAGCUUCAUUGAUUCCAGCUCCCCUUCUCAAGGCCAGGCCAUCCAUUCCCACAUCCUCAAAUCCGGCAUACGUUCCAACACCAAUGUUUCCAUCAAGCUCCUCAUUCUGCACCUCAAAUGCGGUUCCUUGUUUUAUGCCCGUCAGGUGCUCGAUCAAAUGCCUAACCCAACGCUUUCUGCUUUUAACUUCAUGAUCGCUGGCUACUUUAAGGGAGGUUGUACCGAAGAAAUAUUAUAUCUUGUUAGGAAACUUGCUUUCUCAAAUGAAAGACCAGAUAGUUUCACCUUGUCAAUGGUUUUGAAGCUCUCCGUUGCUCUGUUUUUGCCAGACCUUGCCAAACAGGUCCAUCUGUUUAUCAUAAAAUUGUUGUGUGAGUUAGAUGAUGUCCUUUUAGCUGCUCUUGUGGAUUCUUACGUCAAGAAUGGGAAGCUGGGUUACGCCAGGAGUGUAUUCGAUGCAAUGCCACAGAAGAAUGUUGUGUGUUCCACCACAUUGAUUUAUGGGUACAUGAAUCAAAAGUCUUUUGGAAACGCUGAAGAAAUAUUUGAAAACAUUGAAGAGAAAGACGUCGUUGUUUUUAAUGCAAUGAUUGAAGGCUAUAGUAAGACUACCAAGACUGCAUUGAGGUCACUCGAAGUCUACAAAGACAUGCAAAGUUUGGGUUUUCAGCCAAACAUUUCAACCUUUGUGAGCGCCAUCGGAGCUUGCUCUCUCUUAUCAAUAUUGGAGUUUGGCCGGCAGCUACACAGCCAAUUAAUCAAGAUGAGCAUUUAUCUCCAUGUGAAAUCAGGGAGUGCAUUGAUAGACAUGUAUGCCAAAUGUGGAAGAACAGAGGACGCGCGUAUAGUCUUUAAUCAAAUGCCAGAAAAGAAUGUCUUUUCUUGGACUUCUAUGAUUGAUGGAUACGGGAAGAAUGGUAACCCACACGAGGCUCUUGCUCUCUUCUAUAAGAUGAAAAAAUACUCCAACGUAAAGCCGAACUAUGCUACAUUCCUCGGUGCUUUGUCGGCUUGUGGGCAUGCCGGAUUAGUAUUGGAAGGCCAAGAUAUUUUCAAUAGCAUGGAGAGGGACUAUUCACUCAAGCCUAGGAUGGAGCAUUAUGCUUGUGUGGUGUACCUCUUGGGAAGGAUGGGGAGCCUGCAGGAAGCAUACAACUUCAUUAAAAGGAUUCCUGAGAAACCAAAUUCAGAUGUAUGGGCUGCAAUGCUUGCAUCAAGUAGACUUCAUGGGGAUGUGAAACUGGCAGAUAUUGCAGCUAAUGAGGUUUUUAAAUUGAGUAGAGAUGGGAGGCCUGGGGCUUAUCUUGCAUUGUCAAAUACAUUAGCAGCCGCAGGGAAAUGGGAGGAUGUUUGUGAAGUUAGGGAAUUGAUGAGAGAGAGGGGUGUAUCUAAAGAUGCAGGCUGUAGUUGGGUUGGUAGGGACAAAGGUCUUUGUGAUUUCCAUGAAGCUGAAAAAGAAUGAAGUUGGGUAUUCUCUCUAGUUGUUAUCUGGGUUUGAUUGGUUGCAACUUGCAAGAGUUGGCUGCACUAAAAUAUGCUUGUAAUUCAGGUCUGUUUACCUGCCAGGCCAGAGAACUGAUAAUUCCAUGUUCUGUUUGGAAAUGAGAACAUGAUUAGAGAAGAGAUUGAUCUUCCUCAAUGACUCUGCGAAAAGGCUAUGAAAGAGGUACAUACUCCUCGGUCUUCUUGAGUUUGGACUCCACCAGCGGCAAGAUCAGCAGCAAC